CAGGGUGCUUGAACAGAUCCAAGAGUAUUUACCUCCUUAAAUUUCGUGUCUUAAGCUCCACACCAGCCUCACUGCUAAUCCCCACACAGCUUUGCUUAGCCCUUCUCCACCCUCACCCUACUGCAGCACUUCCAGUGGCAGCCAGCAGUCUCUGCUAUGUUGCUGUGGUCUCUACUCAGCACCCUGGUCUGGGGUCCUGGCUCUGUCCUUAUUCUAGUCCUCCUGCUUAGACUAUGUGUGAGGCUCUGGCAUAAGUCUCACCUAUGGGACCUCCAGCACUGCUCCACAGAUCUGACUGGGAAGACAGCAGUGGUGACUGGGGCCAACAGUGGCAUUGGGAAGGUUGUGGCCCAGGAGCUGGCCCACCGAGGGGCCCAUGUGAUCCUUGCCUGCCGUAGCUUCAAGCGUGGAAAGCAAGCCCUGGCCGAGAUCCAAGCAGCCUUACGGUGCAACAACCUCCUUCUUGGUGAGGUGGACCUGAGCUCUAUGGCGUCCAUCCGGGGCUUUGCCCGUUGGCUUCUGCAGGAGUACCCUGAGAUACAUCUGCUUGUUAACAAUGCUGCAGUCUGUGGAUUCCCCACGACACUUACCCCAGAGGGCCUUGAUCUCACCUUUGCCACCAACUAUAUUGGGCCCUUUUUGCUCACAAAUCUACUCAAAGGGGCCCUCCAACGGGCAGGGUCAGCCCGGGUGGUGAAUGUGUCUUCCUUUCAGCAAACACGUGGGUACAUUGAUGAGGGGCAUCUGACAGGGGCUGGUAGACCUCUGACCUUCAACCAGAACUAUAACUGCAGCAAACUGCUUUUGACCUCAUUCACUGGGGAGCUUGCCCGGAGACUUCAAGGAACAGGUGUGACUGUGAACUCCGUGGACCCGGGUGUUGUAUACACGGAGAUCAUGAAGCAUUUCUCUUGGCUUUACCGCUUCCUUUUCUGGCUUGUCAGCUUCUUCAUUAAGGAUCCCAAACAAGGUGCAGUCCCAGUCCUCUACUUGAGCUUGGCAAAGGAGCUGGAUGGCAUUUCUGGAAAAUACUUUAGCAGUUCUUGUGUGAUAAGUCCUCCCCCUAAAGCUGCUCAGGAUCCUCAGGUGGCCCAAAGCCUCUGGAAUGCCUCAGUCCAACUAACAAACCUAGACAAGAUGGACUGAUCCUCUGUGACCCUUGCCCUAACUUGCCACCUCCCGUCUGGCGCACCACCCCCCCCCAGCCGACUUCUAGCCCUUAAUCUGGUUAUGCCUUUUGUUUGCUGGCUCCAAGGGUCAAUCACCUAGUCCAGUAUAAUGGCCUCUUCCUUCUCCUGUUGACUCAGUGACAUGAGAGCUCAGACUGGUCAGAGGACAGUUUCAGCUUCUACUUUAUUGCCAGUUCUCCAAUGGAGGUAUUCAUCCCGUGGGCACUAGGAAUUCCAAACCUACUGAGUCUCACUUUAUGGUGACCGGGAGUAAAACUCCUUCCAGUGGUUAUUAGGGGUACCGAUAAGACAGGAAACUUCUGCCUGUUCUCUUGGUUCCCAGAUGUGUGCUUCCUGGCUUUGAGGGAGAAAGUACCACAUAGUGUCCUCGGCAUUAAGGCAUAAACCAUGUCUUGUAGGACAACACUCCAACUUCACAGGGUGUUGUCUCCCAGCUGGCACUGUAACUGAGCCUGCAGGUAAUCAUUCCACCUUUCCAUCAACCAGCUGCUCCUGUGAUGAGUCAUGCAAUAAGACUCAUUCCCAGUGAAUUCUGGGAGUGACAGCCCAUUGCUUCUUUUCUGGGGUCUGUUCAUUUACGUAAAUUUUGGAAUCAGCUCUUCAGAUUUCACACACACACACAAAUCCUGUUGGGAGUGUACUAUAUCCACUGGGAGGAUUGACAUUUUUAUGAUAUUGAGUUUUCCUGACCAUGAACAAGAUAUACUCAUAUCUAAUUAAAUCUGAAUAUCCUUACAAAAUCUUAAAGAAUUUUAUCCAUAAAGAUCUUUCACAAGUUUUACUAUACUUAAUUUCAGCUACCUUGUUUUUUUUGCCGUUGUAACUGGUAUUUUAAAAUUUGUAUAUUGAUCAUAUAUCAAACAACUUUAUUAAGUUAUCUAACUCUAAUAAGUUAUCUGUAGAUCCUUUUGGUUUCUCUACAUAGAAAAUCACACCAUCUAGGAAUAAUAAGAGUUUUAUGUCAUCCCUUUCAAUUAUUAUAACUUUUGUUUCUUUUUCUAGAAAACCUUAAUAGAUUUUCAAAUAUUAAACCAACUUUGUGUUUCUGGAAUAAACCCAACUUGGUCAUAAUGUUAUUUUUGUAUACAUUGCUAAAUUAGCAUACUCAUGUUUUUGUUUAGAACUUUUUAAGUGUGUUCAUAAUGAGAUAGGCAUAUACUUUUCCUUACUUCUACUGCCAUUGUCUGGUCUUGCUGUCACGGAUAUAGUCAUUUGAUAAGAUGAGUUGGGGAUUUGUCUUAGUCUGGAGACAUUACCCAAGAAGCAGAUACCAAAUUAGGAUUAAAUGUACAAGAAAUUUGUUAGGAGAAAUGGCUGUGAGAGAAAAUGGGGAAGAAGCUGGGAGAUCCACCAGACUGUGAUAUGUCUGACCCACAGUGAAGGAGGGAGGGAAGGAAAGAGGAUUGGUUGGGAGCAUCUUAGAGUGAAGUGGGAUGUUUUUUCCAUUUUUAAACUUCCUAUCUUGUUUUGAAAGUACACAAUCUAUUUCUUUCUUUAGUGGUUAGUCUAAAAAUUCUAACCUGCAUAUUUAACUUAACAGUAUCUCUAAUCAAUACCUUUAUUCUUCUUUAAAAUAAUACAUAUAUCUUAGAAUUCUUUAACAUUAAUCAUUCCUUUUGAACUUAUAUGCUUUUGUAACUCAGUAUUUUAAUUAUUUCAUUAAUCUCACAAAUCAGAUACAUUGUUAUAUUUUAAGUAGUCGAUACUUGUGUAGAUUUACCCAUAUGUUUAAUAUUCUCUUUGCUUGUUCUAUUUUCUUAUGUCUCAGAUUUUCCAUCUGGGAUUAUUUUCCUUCUACCUGAAGUGCAUCCUUUAGAAGUUCCUUUAAUAAGGAUUUGUGGUAGACGGAAUUCUAAGAUGGCCCCAAGAUUCCUACCCUCUUGUGUACAUAUUUUGUAUAAUCUCCUCCCCUUGAGUGUGAGCAGAAAUAAUGAAUAUGAUGGAAUUUCAGUCCUGUGAUAUGUCAUGUACCUGGCAAAGGGAUUUUCCUGAUUUAAUUAAGGCCUACAAUCAGUUGAAUUUGAGUUAAUCAAAGGGGAGAUUAUUUUGAGUGGACCUGACCUAACCAGGCUAGCCUUUUUAAACAGUUCAAGCCUUCCCAGAAGUCAGAGAGCUUCUCCUGUUUACCAUGAAGACGCAAACUGCUACAAUGUGGAGAGUGCCACAUGGCCUCUAGGCCUCUAUGUCCCAAGGAACUGAAUUCUGCCAAUAACCAGUGACCUUGGAAGAAGGACCUGGAGCCCAGAUGAGAUUGCAGUUCUGGGUGACUCCUUGAUUUCAGCCUGGUAAGACCCUGAGCAGAGGACCCAGCUAAUGUGUACACAGACUCCUGACUCAGAAACUGUGAGAUAAUAAAUGUAUUCCUUUU